GACAGGUUGAGAAGCUACGUUCGUCAGGCGUGACUUUCCAGAGCAGUUCGUAUGACCCAGCUCCAGAGCCUUCUCUCCCUGGUCGAAGAAAACGAGCAGCUGAUACAAGAUGCUCUCCACAAGGACCUCCAUAAGCCCAAGUUUGAGACGGUCCUGUCAGAAGAUUCAGAUAACCUGAAUGACCUGUACUUCGCCAUGGAAAACUCAGGACCUGGAUGCACGCAGAAUACACACAUUGGCAAGAAUCUGGCCACUAGGAUGGAUGACUGUUUCAUACGCAGGAACCCUUGGGGAGUUUAAUCAUGGGCGUGGGAACCCUCUCCAUCUAUUUCUCUUACCUUGGUUGCUGCAAUUGCUGCAGGAAACUGUGCCAUUCUGAAGCCGUCAGUCUGUCAGGCCACCGAGCAACUCCUGGCAGAACUCAUCCCCAAAUACCUGUCUCAGGACUGCUAUGCAGUACUAUGUGGUGGAGCAGAGGACACCAACUCAUUGCUGAAGAAUAAAUUUGACCACAUCUUCUACACAGGUUCCCAGGUGGUGGCCCGCUCCAUCCUGCUAGCGGCGGCGCCUCACCUGACCCCCGUCACCCUGGAGCUGGGUGGCAAGAGCCCCUGCUUCAUCUAUGGCCAUAUUGACAUCCAGAAGGCCGCCAAGCGCCUGUGCUGGUCCAAGUUCUUCAACACUGGCCAGAGCUGUGUGGCACCCGACUACGUCCUCUGCACAGCCCAGACCCGGGARGCCCUGCUGCCCGCUCUCCGGGAGACRCUGCGGACCUUCUACGGGCCGGACCCCGGAGCGAGCCUGGACAUGGGGCGCAUAGUCACCCCACGCCACUGGAGACGCCUGAUGGACAUGCUGGAGAAGUCCAAGGGGAAGGUGGUGAUCGGAGGGGAGAGCCGCGAGGAGGACAGGUAUAUUGCUCCCACAGUGCUGGUGGACGUACAGGAGUCUGAUGCUCUAAUGCAGGAGGAGAUCUUUGGCCCCAUCCUGCCCAUCCUAACCAUAGAGUCUCUGGAGGAGGGCAUAGACUACAUCAACCGCCAAGAGAAACCCCUGGCCCUCUACGUCUUCUCUGACGAGACCUCGGUGGUGACCACAGUGUUGAACAACACCAGUAGUGGUGGUUUCUGCGGCAAUGAUGGUAUAGUACACAUGGCCUUGCCAGGCCUGCCCUUUGGAGGAGUAGGUGCCAGUGGGAUGGGUAGCUACCACGGCCGCUGGGGCUUUGAGACAUUUAGCCACAGGCGGGGCUGUAUGAACCGGAGCUGGUUGCUGGAGAGGGUCAACGUCCUGCGCUACCCGCCCUACAGCGACUACAACCUGYGCUGGUUGCGCUGGGCCACCACCUUCAAGAAGAACAGCUGGGGAGGCUGCUCAGUCAUGUGAGAGUGGCACCCGGUGCGUGCCUGACUGUACUUCCAAAGCCGAUGGGCUUUUCUUAAAGGUCCAAUGCAGCCGUUUUUAUCUCAAUGUCAAAUCAUUUUUGGGUAACAAUUAAGUACCUUACUGUGA